UAAACAAGGUCACUCGCCAUCCUCCGCUGGUCGACGACGUCUCCAAGAAAGAUAGCAAAGAAAAGUAAUCACAAAGACACUCCUCUUCAAUGAAAGCGUACUACAACAUCUUCUGUCUCCUGCUCCUCGAGUCGUUCCUCCACGACGUCCAAUCAGCGAACGGCGGUGAUAGCAGCGCCCCCAUCAGACCUAUAAAAAGGGGGAACCACCGAAAGAGAGGUGGAGAGGUUGGUCGUGUGUUGGAAGUGGAGUGUGAGUAGGGAGGAGGCUGCUACUGCUUGCGCUCAUUCCAAUACGCACGCGCGUCUAGCGUAAAACCAACAUGGAUCUGCUGUGCACGGAGUCUCCACACUUCGGACAGACCAUCCGAGCCCCAAUGGAUUCAACCAUCGUCGGUGAUCAAACUGUAUUUGACAGGAUGCUGGACAAUCAACCGCGCUACACUGUUACGAGUGACUAUUGCAAACAUGUUCAGACUGAAGUGACAGAUGCGAUGCGGAAGGUCCUUGCACUGUGGAUGUCUGAGGUUUGCGAAGAGCAAGGAUGUGAAGACAUUGUGUUCCCCUGUGCCAUGAACUAUCUCGACAGGUAUCUGGCGAGAACAAGCGUCAAAAAGUCCCAACUCCAGCUCCUAGGUGCCGUCUGCUUGCUAAUGGCUUCCAAGAUGCGACAGUGCCGACCAAUUACAGUGGAAUCACUUGUGUACUACACGGACUUUUCUGUCACAGCAGAGGAAGUGAAGGCAUGGGAGAUACUUGUCCUGAGCAAACUGGACUGGGACAUGGCGUCCAUCUUGGCCAACGACUUCGUAGACCACCUUAUCUGCUGGUUAGGAGUGACCAGGGACAUGGACACAGUCAGGCGGCAUGCCAACACAUUCAUCUCCCUCUGCGCCACCGAAUACAAGUUUGUCAGUUACGCUCCCUGCCUAGUGGCUACGGCCAGUGUAGCCGCAGCGAUCCACGGCUUGGGCUGCAGUCUGGAAUCCGAGUACACGCAAGAGGCGCUCGUCUCGUGCCUUCAAGCCAUGACUGGCAUUGAAUCGGAACUCAUCGUGCAGUGCGUCCAGGACAUCGAAUCCCUCAUGGUCAGCAGCGUGGCUUCUCUUCAGCAACAACAACAACAGACAUACAACAAAAUGAACAGCAGCGCGUACAGUAGUACGAAACUGAGCUCCUCUGUGACGACGUCCGGUGACAGGAGCCAAUUGAAGACGCCGACCGACGUCCAAGAUAUAAAUUUCUGAAAAAGGGCCUACCAUACUGUGUAACCAAUUCAGCGAACGUCUCUGAAGCCUGCAGUGCUGCUAAUGUUGUGCAUCACGGACAGACAUAAGACAGUGCGUUACUGAAGUUAACGCUGGUGCUCUGAAUGUCCCCUACGUCGUCGAAGCAACCGUCGAUGGGAAAUUUGUUGCAAACUCUUUCAGGGCUUCUUAAACCAAAGACAGCCUCAGGAAUUUUCUCCUAUUGAUUUGUAGUGAAUGAAUAUAUAACUGCAGUGGGUGCAAGGUAUACCUUUCGAGGGAAGUUGCGUGCACCCUACGGUAGCGUUCUACUGUACAUACCGGAGUCAAUAGUAUAUUAUGCGUUUGUAAAUAUGCUGCCAUUGCGUUGGUGUUAUGUGUGGUUGUGUUGUAUCGUUAUAAGAAAGAUAUUUGUAUGGCUGGGCGAAAAUUGCUUCGUUAAUCGGAUCUCGUUUCGUUAUGUGUGAGCUACGCCGUCCGUUCCGAGGAUAUACUGUAUUACUAUGCUCUUUCAAUGCCGGAAGAUAUGCCGUCCAGGAUGCUGCUACAGUCAAUUUGGGCAGCUCAAGACUUGAAUUCAAAUGAAAUGCGUGUAUUAUUUCUGUCAUGUCGAAUUAACGAGGGUCGAAUUAACCAGAAGUCUCGGUAACGUGACACCUUAGCGUUGCUCCUAAUAGCCCUGUUGCGUGCCUGUUAUAUCCACAUCAAUGUGUUCAGUGAAACAGCCAAACCUUUGUGGUCUCAUUACCGGGACUUCGAAUUAACGAAAAUGUAGCGUGGAAUUUACAAGGAUUGAAGAAAGGAGUCAUAAGAACGUUCAGUACGCCAAUCUAACAGUAACAAAUAAGUCUACCUUGCAAAUCGAAACUAGUCCUGUCCAGUUCAUAAAGACUUAAUAACUAAAGUGAUACUUAAGUAGCGAUUGCCGAUUAAGUAGCGAGAGCGAUGGUACUUAAGUAGCGAGAGCGAUGGUACUUAAGUAGCGACAUGUCGUUGUAAACUUUAUUAGAAUCAAUGCAGCACUGACGUCAAUAUUGAAAACUCGACCGGUGCUCUUACGUUCAAUGCAGGACGUUGUGUGUGCAUGGACUUGAAGGUAGCCGGGACUGAAACUUUCGAACAGAUGCGUUUCAUCAAUAUUCUGAGGCGAAGUAUAAUCUCAAACAAAUCUUACAAUGUGACGCGCACAAUCGCAAAGUUCGUUAAAUAUUGUCUCUAGAAAGCUGCAGGCAUCGUUAAAACCAAACGGUGCCCACUUGCAGUUUAAAAUAGCUUCACCUCGUUCUAAAGAUUAAGCACACACUGUUACACAUCGAGAAUUUCAGUUCGACUCUACCUUCCAAAUACUGUUUUUUCGCGCAAGAAUAUAACAGCGCUGUUAAUUCGUAAUAUAUACCAUUUAUGCCACAAUACCUUUUUUUGAAGCGCUGCAACGUGUAUUUAUUGCGAGACUUUUUUAUCGUCUGUUUAGUUUCUAGUCCACAAAUUGCACAUAGAUACUCUAGCAGUUUUUUUUUUUUCGACUUAAACUUCCAUGUACGCGUGCACAACGCACUUGCACAGUGUUCAUGUGUGUAAUGUUCCAAUCAUUACGACGGAACGCACAUUUCAUGUACAGAGCAGAAGCGAUCCUCAUUCCAGUAUUGCCUUUACAUGAGUUUAUCUCCCCCACCGUUCAUGAUUUUUUAGUCGAGCGCAAGAUCUCAGCAAUUCUUUUAUAUAUAGAAAAAAAAGUGCUAUGGCAGCUAUAACGCCGUCUAUAUUGACGGUGUGUUGUCCAAACCAUAUACAAAUCACCUUUGUGUCUGUGAUCGCACAUGAAUGUUUUCGUAUUUUCUCUCUCGUUCAGUCCUAUGUCGCCCUCCGUGCUUUCUGGCAAAUUUUGUCUUGCCACAGCUUAGUUGCUAUACCUUUUUUCCCCUCCGUACCUGUUUCAAACGCCGCAGUGAGUGCCUGAACAAACCCAAUGUUUUGUUUUUUCUAAGGUGGUGUUAAAAAAUUGUUAUUGUUACCGUGUCGACUCGACAUGCCAUAUUGACGGCUGUCCUUGUGUAAUCUUGUUAGACUGUUUCGAGAAGCGUUUUGAAGACGCACAACUGUUCGGUCAAAAUGGUUAGGGCCAGUGUGUUAAAAAAUGUGAUAUGUAGCCUGAAUGUCGCUUAUUGUUUCCCAUUGGGUCUUCCUGUGUUGCUUUUCCUUUUCUUUUUUUUUUUAUCUGUAUAUUGUUCGCUUGGUUUUGUCACUGAUGUUUAAACCUCGUACUUCUUUUUCCAAGUUCGUGUCUCACUUAUUUUCACGUGUAAAUAGUUAGAGGUUACUUUGGAUGUCUUCUUUUUUUUUUUUUUUCCGAUAAAUGCAAGGUAUACAAAGUUUUGUAGCAAUUGAAAUGUAUCGAUAUAAUUUUAUACUGCUGCAAAAGAGUAAAUAAAUUCAGAUUUAUAUU